AGCAGGCUGAAGCUGCUCGGUGGAUCCGGUCCGAACAUGCAGACAUAAAACGGUUUCAGUUAUUCUCCUGAGUGAGUUUGUUGUCGGUUCCGGCUGCGCAGCUUUGUUACAGUCGAACAGAAUCGGGGGCAGAGGCAGCCUCUGUAAAAGCAGCGAUGUCCGUCAUCAUACAAACUCGUGGUGAAGUGGGCGGCGGCGUUGCGGCUCACCUGCAGUGUCCCCAGUGUGGCCAUUUCUCGAAGAGUCACGCCCACCAGCUGUCCCACAUGGCAGCCUCCCACCCCACCUGCCUGGACGCCGUGACGGUGGGUCGCCUCGGCAACAUCCUGAUGUACCAGAGCACCGCUCGGCUGUUCCACUGCUCCAACUGCUUCUACACCAGUCGGGACUUCACCAAGCUGUACAAGCACAUCAUCUCCAAACACUGCAUGGAUGAGAGGGAGGGGGGAGGAGGUGGAGAGGCAGGAGAUGACGGGAGUGAUGGCGGAGAGAAGGAGAAGACAGGGGAGGAAGGUGAGGAGGAGGAGAAGGAGGAAGGGAAGGAUGCUCUUAAAGGAAAGAGUCAUUGUGAGGCUGAUGAGGAAGAGGAAGGGGAGGGAAAUGAUGAAAAUGGCGCCCCACAGAGUCAGGGGUCAGUUAAACCCAAUGGUGAAGGAGAUGAAAGCGUUCUGAUGUUUGACGGUGCCGGUUACCGCUGCCUCAUCUGCGGCUGGAAGAACAAGCUGAAAGCUCUGGGCAUCAACCACGUGAUGAGGAAACACGACAUCCCCAAAGCGUACGCCUCCCAGGCCGUCAGACGAGACGCCGCCACGCCCAAACAGACACAGAGCAGCGGUGUGGAGGAGGAGGAGAUGGCUGGGCUGAGUGGAGAGCUUCUGAAGGAGGAGAUGGAGGCCACAGCCAAGGUGGUCCGGUUCAUCUCUAGCCGCUUUGUCUGCCUCAUCUGUGGCUGGAAGACCAAACUCAAAGGUUUUGCCAUCAGUCACGUGGUGCGCAGCCACGACGUGGAGCGUCCGUACAGCUGCAAGGACUGCAAACGCUCCUUCUUCCUGCCCAGCCGGCUGCAGCAGCACGUCAGAGCGGCUCACCGGCCCGGACGCUACGCCUGCCCCUUCUGCUGCUUCAGGUCCCACUACCUGGGAGGGUUCAGAAGGCACUGCAGCCGCUGCAACGCCCGGGAGCAGGAGGAAGGGGGAGGCGGAGGAGGAGAGGGUGGAGGAGGAGGAGGAGAAGGAGGAGGAGGAGGAGAGGACGAUGAAGGGGAAGGGGAGGAAAUCGAGGAGGAGGAGGAGGGAGACGAGAGUAAGGAGUCGAGAGGGGGGAGGAAACGACGGAGAGCAGCGAAGGUGACAGGAGAAGAGGAUGAAGAGGAUGAGGACGAUGAAUGAAUGAGUGGAGAGUUAUUCAGGAACCCCAGACCUCCAGGGGCCCCAGAAACCCUCUGCUUACUCCACAUCAUUUGGGUCUACAUAGUUUGAUUCAUUGCAAAUUUGCCAAUAUCAGCUAUGACACAGGACCAGGACCACAUCCUCCAUGAUGGGGUCCUGGUCCUGUAGAGUCAGCAUCUGGUCUUAAGACCUUUUAAGAACUUUUUUUUAGUUUAAAUUUGCUGCUCAUUUGUUGUAAAGUUGUUUUUUUUUUCAGUGUGUCAGUAAUGAACCGUCAGAAAACCUCAUCACAGUCGUGUCACAGGACGAACUGUGAGGCUGCAACCAACACACCUGACAGGUGUUUACUCUGACCACAGGUACAAACAGCAUUAUUCCCUGAAGUGAACAUAUUUUAACGGACCGGAAGAG